AUGGCAACCCUACUCCUCCCAUCUUCAAUGCGCGCUCUCUUCCAACUGGACCCAAACACUCAGCACCUAACCCUACAAACCUGCCCCCUCCCAGUCCCCGACCUCUCCGCUAACGAGCACCUCAUCCGCGCACACGCUGUCGCCCCAUGCGCCGGGGAAAUACUCUGGCCUGAAAACGCAAAGAACCCAGACACCAAACGCAAGGAGCCGAUACCCUGCUAUGACGUCGCCGGCACCGUAGUUACCGCCCCGGCAGGCUCGCCAUUCCAACCUGGCACAGAGGUGUAUGCACGCACAGAGUUCGCCCGCACGGGCAUGGCAAGGGAGUACACGAUUAUUACGACUGCGGAGCUAGGGGUACGAGCGAGGAAUCUGGGGUGGGCCGAAAGCGCGGCGGUGGCACUGAGUGCAUUGACGGCCUGGCAGGCGCUGUUUGUGCGUGGGAGGUUGAAGGCAGAAAAGGGGGCGGCAAAGGGGAAGAGGGUCUUGGUUACGGCGGCGUCUGGGGGUGCAGGUUCUUGGAUCGUGCAGUUGGCAAGGUGGGCUGGGGCCGAGGUGGCUGGGACGUGUGGGCCAGAUAAUGUGGCGUUUGUCGAGUCGCUCGGGGUGGAUGUUGCGAUCAAUUAUCGCCAGGUGUCGCUGAAAGAUUGGGUGAGCGAAGUUGCGGGAAGGAAAUUUGAUCUUGUUGUAGGAAGACGUUGGAGGAGGCUUGGUGGACUUAAAGAGUGGAGGACUCUCGUCAGUAUCUACGAACCGCCUGAGGAGAAGAGGCCAAAAGAUUUGGAGGUUGAAGGCGUCAAUAACCUCUUUUUCAUUGUGGAAGCAAACGGCUCGCAGCUGAAAAAUAUCACUGAACUGGUCGAAGCUGGUGUUUGUAAACCAGUGGUCGACAGCGUGUGGCCUCUUGAAAAGUUCGAGGAUGCUUUUGCCAGGCUGGAUGGAGGCCACGCAAGGGGAAAGGUGGUGAUUGUCGUUGAAGUCGACAAGUGA